AUGCAGACGCAAGAUCGGGCAACGAUGAUCUAUGACGGCGAUGAACUCGCCUUGACGCAUUCUCGAGAUAUCCGGCUGUUGAAGCUGGAAUGGAUAGAUGAGGACGAAUUGUUACAUUGUCAUCUACGCGUUGCGAAUCUUGACGAGCGUCCAGUGUACAGAUCUAUCUCAUACACUUGGGGCCCUUCCACACAAACUAAGCUCAGACGUCAUGAUGAUACGCCCGAGAAUGAGAAGUACUUGCAUCGCAUUAUCUGUAAUGGUCAAACGCUUGAUGUAACCCAAAACCUCUACGAUUGUCUCUAUCAAUUGUGUGAUCUCCGAGCGAUGCAUCCAAUAUCAAGCUUCGAAUUCUGGAUUGAUGCCGUCUGCAUCAACCAAAGCGACCUGAAUGAGCGGGCUCAGCAAGUCAGCAUGAUGUCCAACACAUACCACCAAGCCGAAGAAGUGAUCAUUUGGCUAGGAAUACGCGAUGAUUCAACGCCUCUAGCUUACAAGGCUACCUCAGAAUUUCUCGCGACCCAAGUCUCAAGGAAGAUGCUGAAGUCAUGGGUCGACGAGGACUUUGACAUUGAUAAGGCGGCGCUGAAGACAGCAGCAAAGCUAGAAGCAGUGAAACGGGAUGUACGAAACAAACAUCCCUCGAUACUGUUGAGAACCCUGAUCCGUUGCCGUGAUACCGGUUGCAAAGAGGACAAAGAUAAGAUAUUCAGCGUGCUUGGUAUGUAUCAACUCGUCACACAGACCCGACUCCAGUCAAACGACAGACUCUAUCCGGACUACGGCCUCGACACGGCAGAAAUCUACACCAACGCUGCCAUAGAAAUUCUGAAACAAGAGACCGACCUGACCUUGUUGACGGUGGCCGAGGGAGAGGACUUUUGUGACCGAGUGAAAUUACCAAACUUGCCCUCGUGGAUCCCGGACUGGACCUUUGCCACCCGGAAGACCUCACUUGGCCUUGGGAUCACUGGAUACGAGCGAUUCAAUGCUUCGAAAGGCUUGAAUUGUGAAGUUGCCUUUUCACACGACAACAAAGUUCUCUUCGUCAAGGCGGCCAGACUUGAUGGAAUAGUCCGAGUUGGAGAGACAAAAGAGUCAGUGGGAAACGGCGAGAGCUUCGACAAGUGGCUGAAAUUGUUAGAAGCACCUGAAAUCCAACACCAUACCCCAAAAGGACGGCAGGAUGCCUUCUGGAGGACAUUAAUAACCAAUACGGAUACCAUGGGGCGAUGUCCAGCCCCUCCUAAGCUCCAGGCAGGCUUCUUGCAAUGGAUUACAAGAAAAGGUGCCAAUGUGGAUCAUGGCUUGAGUCACAGAGUGGCUCAGAGCUUUCCACGAGAGCGAAACGCUCAGGGCAUUGUGACACUUCAACAUAUCUCACCCAGGGAAAUGAGGGAAAGCCUGGAGGGAUUUGAGUUACAAUACGCACAUUCGCUACACCAGCGACCGUUCUUGACGUCAAGGGGUUAUCUGGGAUUGGGGUCCCAAUCCAUGAAGAUAGAAGUGUGUGAAGGGCGGGACCGAGAGUACUCGGUAUGGAUUGUUUGCGGCUCUAGGGUUCCUCUGAUAUUCAAGGACACCGACCGACCUGGACGGUACAACUUGGUCGGUGGAGCAUAUGUCCAUGAGAUCAUGGGGGGCGAGGCUUUGCGGCAGAACUUGUGUUUUGAGACUAUUGGUUUAGAGUAG